GAACGAAUCUUCAAACGCACACUCCCAACCAUCGUCCAACAUGGACAACCCAUCGAUCAUGGACAAGCUCCAGCACAAACAUCUCCUCACGAGUCCUCAAAACCUGACCUUUUCCUACUAUCUCUCUCCCAACUUCGCAGAGAAGCUCGAUCCCUCUGUUCCAACGUUAAUGUUUGUCCAUGGCUACCCGGACGACGCUUACAUGUGGGAGGGAGCGGUACCGACAUUCCUAGACUUGCCAUACCCUUUCCUGGUCCUCGAUCUCCUUGGUUUCGGAGGGAGUUCCAAACCUGUCGAUGCUUCGCAUUACAACUACAAAGCACAAGCGGAUUCGAUCGCUCAGAUCUUGGAUCGCGAGAAGGUGCCGAACAACGUCAUUCCGAUCGGCCACGACUGGGGCUCCGCGACAUCUCAGCGUUUCUACCUCUACCACAAGUCCCGUUGCGUCGGCCUCUCCCUCCUCUCCCUCGCCUACCAGAUCCCUUCGGCCGAGAAAUUUGACCUCGAUACCCAGAACAAAGUCACCGCCGAACGAUUCGGAUAUCCACAAUGGGAGUACUGGAACUUUUUCUGCCGACCUGAUGCGCCUGAACUAAUGCGUCAGAACAUGGAGCGCUUCUACGAGGUCAAUCACGGUUUCUUUCCUUCGCCGAACCCCGAGGAGAAUGGCAGAGAUAUCUGGAUGCGGGAGAUGUUCUGCACGAAACAUGCCAUGGAUGAAUACGUCACGCAGACGGGAAAGUGGGAGAAUCGCAUUGUGGAAUUGAAGCCGUACGCCAAGAAUCCGGAAUUGCUGCGACGGUUCAAGGAGCGUAUGUCGAGAGAUGGGUUUGAAGGUCCGGUCAAUUACUACCACUCGUUGAAGAACAACACCAUGAUCGAAGACGAGAAGGCUCUAUGCGAGAGCGAAGACAAGAAGAGGAUCGAUGUGCCGCUGCUGUACAUCGGACAGACCGGAGACUGGGUAUGUCGUACGGAUCUGAUGGAGGAUGCGAAGAAGCAGGGUCUAGUCAGUGACUGCGAGGAGAAGGUCGUGGAUGCGGGACAUUGGGUGCUGUAUGAGAAGCCGGAGGAAAUUGCGAGUAUCAUCAAGGAAUGGCUGGUAAAGAGGUUUCCGGUCAAGCAGUGA